AUGGAGCCGAGUUGCUAUGAGAGGAUCGCGGCCCUGAGGAGCAUCGGGGAUCAUUGCGUCUAUGCAGAUGAAUUCUGGCUCCUGCUCCAGAAGAAGAAUGCCCCCAUUUGCUACGUUUGGUUUGAGCCAACCCCCUGGAUGGACAUAACCCAGGGGCUUCUGAAGACAAUUUAUGUCAACAAGAUGGUCAAAGCUGGUUACAUAGUUAAAAUAUUGAUAGCAGAUUGGUUUGCCCAACGGAACCAUAGGAUUUGCAGCAAUAAAUAUGUAAUAAGGAAAAUUGGCUGCUACAAUAUUGAGAUGUGGAAAGCAGCUGGCAUGGAUCUUGACAGAGUAGAGCUUGUAUGGUUCUCAGAUGUGUUGGAAAGGCAUGCAUCUGAUUACUGGCCACUUGCCCUGGAUGUCUCCAGAAAAUGCACUCUAAAAAGAAUGGCAAGAGUUGGUAGCAAAAGGGGCAGGAUUUCACUCCUUGACAUAGUCACUGACCCUUAUAACAUGAGGGAACCAAAAUGGAACAUCUUCAUGCACGAUAAGGAGUGCGCUUUGAAUGGAAAAAUAAGCAGGGCUGUCUGUCCUCCAAAAGUAGCAGUAUGCAACCCAUGUUUGGAGUACAUCAAAUAUGUUAUGUUCCCUUGGUUUGGGAAGUUUGAGGUAGCGCAGAAGGAACAGAGUGGUGUUAACAAGUCAUUUGAAUGCAUGGAAGAUCUUAUUGUUGAUUAUGAAAGUGGCGAUCUUGAUCCUCUCAACGUUAAGUUGGCUUUUGAAAAAGGAAUAUGCAAAAUAUUAGAGCAUGUUGGUACCUGCCUGAACAGCAAUGCCGAAGCCCAAGCUCUAAUUAUUGACCUUAUGGGUCAUAUCAGGCGAAUAGAGUCCGUAGAUAUCCAUGAGUUUCACUGGUAGAACAGAAGUUAUCUGAUCCUGGAUAUACUGAUGCCAGUGGGUUGAGGAGAUACUAGAUCGCCUCAGGAGUAUCACAUAUAUUUGUGCAAGUGCAAGGGGAUGCAAAUUCUUUGCGAUUUCCAUGGUGCGUCCUGGGAAAUGCAACGUGUAGAAGUAAAUAGUAUUUUUGAAUUUAUUAUGGAAGACUUUGUAGCUUGGU